AAAAAAGAGAUAGAAGGGGAUAUGGUGGGGAACACAAAGGAGGUUACCCUCAUAAACCGUCGCUCGCUGGGUUCUCUUUGUCCCUUUCCUCGAAGCUCCAAUUCACAAUCUCUCUCUUAACUCUGCUACUCUGCGUCAUUGUUGAGAGACCAGAACAUCAUGACCAGCUCCUCCACCAACGCUCGCAAGACGCUGAGUAAGAUCGCUUGCAAUCGGUUACAGAAGGAGCUGCUGGAGUGGCAGGUCAACGCUCCCUCCGGUUUCAAACACAAAGUCACCGAUAAUCUUCAAAGAUGGGUCAUUGAAGUAAAUGGAGCAUCAGGAACGCUUUACGCUGGUGAAACCUAUCAACUUCAGGUUGAUUUUCCUGAGCAUUACCCUAUGGAAGCCCCUCAGGUUAUAUUUCUUCAUCCUGCCCCGCUGCAUCCUCAUAUAUAUAGCAACGGCCAUAUAUGUUUAGAUAUUCUAUAUGAUUCAUGGUCUCCCGCCAUGACUGUCAGUUCAAUCUGUAUGAGCAUUCUCUCAAUGCUAUCAAGCUCGCCUGCGAAGCAACGUCCUGAAGACAAUGAUCGUUAUGUAAAGAAUUGCCGAAAUGGAAGAUCUCCAAAGGAAACGAGAUGGUGGUUCCACGAUGAUAAAGUGUAACCACCGUAUAUAUUUCAGUCAUUUGGUAUAAUAAUCAAAGUAGAUGACUUCCUUUGAAGUAGAUGAACAUGAAAAUGCAAACAUAAGAGAGAUGCAUUCGACAACCGCAACUUUGGUCUGAAUGCAUUAUGACUCCUGGAAUGGCAAGGGCUGUCAUCUGUAAAGGAAGAUAGAUAAUUUGUGUUUUAAGUUGUGUGAGGAACAAACUCGGUUCUUUAUGUUUAAUCGCUCAAGUCUAGGUUUUUAGUACCGUGCCACCACAUGAAUUAAGCCUUUUUUUUGUCAUUUUA